AUGCCACCGAAAUCCCCGCAACCGUCAGCCCCUCAGAAUUUCUACUUCUAUUACGGCCACCGGAAGCCCUCUCAGAACCGCCCUGUAGUCCGAGGCGGCGUCUUUACCAAUCGCAAAGCUUUGAGACUUCCCACUUCCCCCACAAAACCUCCCCAAAACCCCUUUUCCCCUUCCCACCCAUUUGAUCUCAGAAAAUGGGACCCUCAAGACCCAUCACUGUCGGCCAGGACUCCUCCAUCGCAGGGCCACUCACUGGCAAUUUCCCAGCGCCUUUCUCCAAUCGCCCGCUUUGUACUCGACGCCUUCCGGAAGAAUGGCAACCACUGGGGUCCUCCAGUGGUAGCUGAGCUCUGCAAGCUCCGUCGUCUCACGCCGGAUCUUGUGGCGGAGGUUUUGAAGGUCGAGAGUAACCCUCAUUCGGCGACGAAAUUCUUCCACUGGGCUGGUAAGCAAAAGGGCUACCAGCACAAUUUCGCUUCCUAUAAUGCUUUUGCUUAUUGCUUGAAUCGAACUAGCUUUUUUCGCGCUGCGGAUCAGCUGCCCGAGUUGAUGCAAUCGCAAGGGAAACAGCCGAGCGAGAAGCAGUUCGAGAUUUUGAUUAGAAUGCAUUCGGAUGCCAAUAGGGGACUUAGGGUACACUAUGUAUAUCAAAAGAUGAAGAAAUUUGGGGUGAAACCUCGUGUUUUCUUGUAUAACAGGAUAUUGGAGGCAUUGAUGAAAACUGGUCAUUUUGAUUUGGCCUUGUCAGUUUACGAGGAUUUCAGGAGUGAUGGGUUGGUUGAGGAGAGUGUAACUUAUAUGAUUCUGAUUAAGGGUCUCUGCAAGGCUGGAAGAAUAGUCGAGAUGAAAGAGGUCUUGAGCAGAAUGAGGAACGAUUUGUGCAAACCAGAUGUAUUUGCCUAUACUGCAAUGGUUAGAGUAUUGAUUGGGGAAGGGAAUUUGGAAGGAUGUUUGCAGGUUUGGGAUGAUAUGAAGGCUGAUGGUGUGGAACCUGAUGUUAUGGCCUAUGCAACGGUGGUGACUGGUUUGUCUAAAGGAGGGAUGGUGCACAAGGGGUAUGAAUUGUUUAAAGAGAUGAAGGAGAAGGGCUUUUUGAUUGACCGAGGAAUUUAUGGUGUUUUGAUUGAUUCAUUUGUGGUGCAUGGAAAGGUUGGUGCAGCUUGUGAUCUGUUGAAGGAUUUGGUUGACUCGGGGUAUAGGGCUGAUUUGGGAAUCUAUAACUCGCUUAUCGUAGGUCUAUGUAAUGUAAAACGGGUGGAUAAGGCUUUUAAGCUAUUCCAGGUCACAGUACAGGAGGAUCUUGAACCGGAUUUCAGAACAGUGAAUCCCAUGCUGGUUGCCUUUGCGUUGAUGAAAAAGAUGGAUGAUUUUUACAAGCUUCUGUUCCAUAUGGAGAGACUAUCAUUUCCGGUUCUCGAUGAUCUAUCCAAAUUCUUCUCGUUUAUGGUUGAGAAAGAAGAAAGAACAAUGUUGACCUUGGAAGUUUUCCAGGAUCUAAAGGCUAGAGGAUAUAUUAGUGUUCAAAUCUACAAUGUCCUUAUGGAGGCCCUUCUGAAGGUUGGGGAGAUAAAGCAGGCAUUAUCACUAUUUGGUGAACUGGAGGAUAUGAACUUUGAACCGGAUUCAAACUGUUACAGCAUUGCAAUUUCGUGUUUGGUCGAAGAUGACAAGAUCCAGGAAGCCUGUGACUGUCACAAUAAAAUAAUUGAGAUGUCUUCUGUACCUACUGUUACUGCAUAUAGUUCUCUAGCUAAAGGGCUAUGUAGCAUUGGAGAGAUUGAUCCAGCUAUGAUGUUAGUUCGUGAUUGUCUUGGGAAUGUCAGUAAUGGACCAUUGGACUUUAAGUACAGUCUCGCGAUUCUUCACGCAUGUAGAUCAUCUGGCAAAGUAGGAAGAGUGAUUGAAGUCGUAAAUGAAAUAAUGGAGGAGGGUUUCCCUCCCAAUGAAGUUAUAUGCUCGGCAAUUAUCUCUGGUAUGUGCAAGCAUGGUACAUUGGAAGAGGCAAGAAAGGUGUUUACAAGCUUACGAGAGCGCAGGAUUCUAACAGAAGCGAAAGUAAUUGUCUAUGAUGAAAUUCUAAUUGAUCAUAUGAAAAAGAAGGCAGCAGACUUGGUGCUGUCGGGUUUGAAGUUUUUCGGUUUGGAGUCCAAGCUGAAGGCAAAAGGGAGUACGCUUCUAUCUAGUUGA